AUGAGGAGGAUGGCGAAGGAUCUGCAACCAGCCGAGCAAGGGUCUGGGUGGAUGUCCAGUUGGCUUCCAUCCUGGUGUCCCACCUCCCUCUCUCAGCUGAAGGAUGCAGAAGACAAAAUGCUCAAGUCUGUGAAGGCCCCAUUCUCCAGGCAGCAUGUCCGGAUAUCCAACGGCAACUAUCUCUGGACCUUAGCCUUCAAGCCCUCUCUCCAGCCCUGUCCUCCCCUGGUGCUGCUCCAUGGGUUUGGGGGUGGUGUGGGUCUGUGGGCCCAGAACCUGGACUCUCUGUGUGGCAGUGGAGCCGUGUAUGCCCUGGAUCUUCUGGGGUUUGGACAGAGCAGCCGGCCCCUGUUCAGCGUGGACCCCCAGGGGGCAGAGGAGCAGUUCCUAGGGGCCCUGGAGGAGUGGAGGGACAGGGUGGGCCUGGAGGAGAUAGUCCUGCUGGGACACAACCUGGGAGGAUACCUGGCUGCUGCUUACACACUCACACACCCACACAGGGUAAAGCACUUGAUCCUGGUGGAGCCCUGGGGGUUCCCGGCCCGUCCAGAGAGCCUAGAUCAGGAGAAGUCUAUCCCAGUGUGGAUCAGAGCCAUGGGGGCUGUCAUGAGUCCCUUCAACCCCCUGGCUGGACUUAGACUGGCCGGACCACUGGGUCCUAUGUUGAUCCAGACCAUCAGGUCAGAUUUUAAACAGAAGUACUCUUCAGUGUUUGAUGACAACACCGUAUCAGACUACAUCUACCAUCUUAACGCACAGACGCCAAGUGGUGAAACAGCGUUUAGGAACAUGACGGUACCAUAUGGUUGGGCUAAGAGACCAAUGUUAGAUCGUAUUGGACAGAUCCAACCAGACAUUCCAAUAUCCAUCAUCUAUGGGUCCCGAUCCAGUAUUGACAGCGACUGGGGAUACACUAUCCAGAAAAUCCGACCAGAUGUGGACAUCAUCGUGAUAAGGGGAGGAGGUCACUAUGUGUUUGCUGACCAGCCAGACGACUUCAAUCAGAACGUUCUUCACAUCCUGGCCAGGAUAGAGGGAGAUAAGGAGAAGAGGGAUGAGGAGUGGUGUGCAUGA